GAAUUUCUAUUUUUGAUCCUGCCCAAGAAGCGGAGCCCCGAAAAAAAGAGGUGUUGAUGGGUUGAGGCGGCGGAAUGGGCGACUCAGAUAGCGAAGACAGCGACGGAGAAGGCGGUCUGGGCAACGUUUCCCGGGUUAUCAUCCGUCCGCCGGGUCAAAGUGGCAAGGCCAAGAGAGGUCAUCUCUGCUUUGAUGCGGCCUUCGAAACGGGAAACCUAGGAAAAGCGGAGCUAGUGGGCGAAUUCGAGUACGAUUUGUUCCUUAGACCGGAUACAUGUAAUCCGCGCUUCCGUUUCUGGUUUAACUUCACCGUGGACAACGUGAAGCAGGAUCAGCGAGUGCUCUUCCACAUUGUGAACAUCAGCAAGAGCAGGAACCUCUUCUCCUCGGGACUGACUCCCUUGGUGAAGAGCUCCAGUCGACCCAAGUGGCAGAGGCUGUCCAAGCGGCAGGUGUUCUUCUACCGAUCGGCCAUGCACCAGGGUCACUAUGUCCUGAGCUUCGCCUUUAUCUUCGACAAGGAGGAGGAUGUCUACCAGUUUGCCUUGGCCUGGCCAUAUAGCUAUUCGCGUCUGCAGUCCUAUUUGAAUGUGAUUGAUGCCCGGCAAGGAUCGGACAAACGGUUCACCCGAUGUGUGCUUGUCAAAUCGUUGCAAAAUCGCAACGUGGACCUGCUGACCAUCGACCACGUGACUGCCAAGCAACGCUCUACAAAUCGCUUGGAUCGCAGUUUUAUCCGGGUGAUUGUAGUCCUCUGUCGGACGCAUUCCAGCGAGGCUCCAGCUUCCCAUGUGUGCCAGGGCCUCAUCGAGUUUCUCGUUGGGAAUCAUCCCAUCGCUGCCGUUUUGAGGGAUAACUUUGUCUUCAAAAUUGUGCCCAUGGUGAAUCCGGAUGGGGUCUUUCUGGGCAACAAUCGCUGCAAUCUGAUGGGACAGGAUAUGAAUCGCAACUGGCACAUAGGAUCCGAGUUCACGCAGCCAGAACUGCACGCGGUGAAGGGCAUGCUGAAGGAGUUGGAUAAUUCAGAUAUAUCGUUUCAGACUUAUCAGAUUGACUUUGUGAUCGAUCUGCAUGCGAAUAGCAGCAUGCACGGCUGCUUUAUCUACGGGAACACAUACGAGGAUGUCUACAGGUAUGAGAGGCACCUGGUAUUUCCGCGACUCUUCGCCAGCAACGCACCGGACUAUGUGGCGGAUCACACGAUGUUCAAUGCUGACGAACGGAAGGCGGGAAGCAUGCGGAGAUUCAGCUGCGAGAGACUCAGUGACACGGUGAAUGCCUACACCUUGGAGGUUUCCAUGGCCGGUCACUACCUCAAGGAUGGCAAAACCAUCUCCCUGUACAACGAAGAUGGGUAUUACCGCGUUGGCAGGAAUCUGGCCAGGACUUUGCUGCAGUACUAUCGCUUCAUCAACAUCCUGCCCAUGCCGAUUGUGACAGAGGUCAGGAGCAAAAGGCGGGGGCGAAAUCGCCAUGCCCACCACUCCCGAUCCCGGUCGAAAACCCGCUAUGAGGUGAAGCCCCGUGCCAAGACGCCCCGAUGCCACGCACCCAUUGCCUACACCAACCUAAGUAUAUGCUACGACUCGGGUGGAGGAGGCGGAUCCUCGGACGAGGGAGGAUUCUCGCCCGCCCGUCCCUUGGCUCCUGGAAGCAGUUGCUUCAGCGGGUACCGCAACUACCGGAGGGCUGCCACAGCAAGUUGCUCCGCGCAUCCCGGUCACGAUCAGUACUCCCCCUUCGCACUCGGAGCCCUGAAAACGGGCAGCGACCACGGCGGAGGAGUUGGUGGCUCCACGGGCAAGCGAUCAGCAGCGGUCACCAUCGAAGUUCCCAUGCCGGUGAAUGUGCCCCCCAAACCAUAUCUGUCCAUCAUCGACUUGAAUCAACUGACCAGGGGAAGCCUUAAGCUGAAGUCCAAUAGCUUCGACGCCGCAGACAGAAGAUAGGAUCAGUGAUGUGAUGUGGAACAGAAUGACCUCGGACGUUAGGAAUUCGAAGAGAGUGAUGAGUUGUUUUAGGUAUAACCAAGAUAAAGUCUUUUCUACGCUUCUUGCUUGUUUUUCUUAAUAAAAGGUUGAGACUAUUAAUUCAAAAGUA